CAUUCCCAAUUUCACAACACCAAAAAAAAAUAUAUAUGUCUCCUGAAGAAAUGUCUAACAUGAAAUCAGUCAUUUCAACUGUUGCAUCUAUUGCUGCUACAACUAUGCUUGUUCGUAGCAUAGCCAAUGAUUUUAUCCCAAAGGAAUUUCGAAGCUACAUCUUAGAAAGUUUUCAUGAUAUUUUUCGUUGUUUUUCUUCACAAUUCACUAUCCUCAUCCAUCAAUUCCAGGGUCCGUCUCCAAACCUAGUGUUUGAGGCAGUUGAAGUGUAUUUAGGAACGAUAAUGAACUCUUCUACUAAGAGUAUUCGAUUAGGAAAGACGGAGAAUGAUAAAAGUCUAGUUAUUACCAUGGAUAAAGACGAAGAAAUCGUGGAUGUUUUUGAGGAUGUUAAAGUAAUAUGGAAGAUGGAGUGUAAACGUAUCGAGUCAGGGAGCCAGAAUGAUGAAAUAAAGGAUAUGAUAGCUGCAUUGUGUUCUGAACUUAGAUGUUAUGAAUUGAGUUUCCAUAAGAAGCACAAGGAAAAAGUGUUGAAAUCGUAUUUACCUUACAUUAUGGAGAGAUCAAAAACAGCGAAAGAAGAAUCUAGGGCUAUUAAAUUGUAUUCUAAUUACAGGAAUUGGGGUUCUGAUGGGAUGAAUAUUGAACAUCCUAUGACAUUUGAUACUCUUGCUAUGGAUGAAGAGAUUAAAACUGCGUUAAUUGAUGAUUUGGAAACUUUUAUUAAAGGGAAAGACUACUAUAACAGGAUUGGGAAAACAUGGAAACGAGGCUACUUGCUUUAUGGUCCUCCAGGAACUGGUAAAUCGAGUUUGAUUGCUUCUAUGGCCAAUCAUUUGAACUAUGACAUAUACGAUUUGGAUCUUACAGAGGUUCGUAGCAAUUCAAAUUUGAGAUCAUUGUUGCUUGGCAUGUCUGGACGUUCAAUUCUUGUGAUCGAGGAUAUUGAUUGUAGUAUCAAUCUAGAAAACAGAGAAAAAAAGGAAGAGAAAGAGAAUAAGCACAAUAGAGUGACUCUGUCGGGGAUACUUAAUUUUCUUGAUGGGAUAUGGUCGUGCUGUGGAGAAGAACGGAUAAUUGUGGUCACGACUAACCAUAUUGAUAAACUAGAUGCAGCAUUGUUGAGGCCAGGACGAAUGGACAUGCACAUCCACAUGUCAUACUGUAGAUUAUCGGCGUUUAAACAAUUGGUUUUCAAUUACUUAGGUAUUCGUGAGCACCAAAUGUUUGAUCAGAUAGGAGAGAUGCUAGAAGAAGUGGAGGUUACACCGGCAGAUGUUGCAGGGGAACUGUUAAAAAGUAAGAAUCCAACUAUAUCCCUUCGAGGACUAUUGGAAUUUCUUGAAAAUAAAAUUGUAGAACAAAAGAUGUUGAAAACGCGAAAUGAACUAGCAGAGGAAACACCAAAAGAUGUAACGAAACAUGAAUCUAUACGUGACUCUUCCCAGGAUCUUACUCACAUUGUUGAUCUCGAGACGAAGACGCACACCUAGUUUUUACUCUCUUUUUUGCUUUCUUCUUCUUGUUUUCUUGAAGGUUAAAUAGAUUUUGAGGUGUUUUCUUACAGCUAGGAAGUACUUUGAGCUCUAUGUACUUUUUUUUUUCAAAAAAAAAUAAUCUGUUCAAUUA